AUGGAGAACGAGUCGCGACACAGAGGGAGCGCCGUCUCGGGCAACAACUCUGCCGCGACGACGCCAAUGCGUCCAGGGACGCCAGAGAGCAGGAGUGGCCCAUUCGGCGAUGAGAUCUCCCCCGCGCCUCCACUAAAUCCAUUCGGAACCCCGUAUACCUCGAGACCAGCAUCCUCAGUCGGCUCCUCUUCAGCGGUGCGAUCACUGCCGACCAGAUACUUCCACUCGCGACGAGUGCGCAAGGGCGAGGUCGAGAAGCCAUGGAUGGACAAGAAGGACCCCAAGGAGAAAUGGGUCACGAUCAUUCCUCUGAUCGGCUUGCUGUUAGGAUUUGGUGUCGCGGGGUUUCUAGUCUACGACGGUCUUUCUUCCGUCGUCAAGCACACCUACUGCCCGGUUAUGACGGACGAUUUCUCCAGUGGGAGCUUGAACACUGAUAUCUGGACAAUGGAGGCGGAGGUGGGUGGUUUCGGCAACGGUGAAUUCGCGCAGACCACCAGCGACGGUAAGAACGUCUACAUCGAGAACGGCAAGCUCAUCAUCAAGCCCACCCUCCAAGAUGCGAGCCUCAUCGAGCAAAACAGCGUCGUCAACCUCACCAAGGACGGGACCUGCACAUACGAUGCUUCCAGAGGGUCCCUCGACGCUAAACUCAAGGCCUGCGCCGCCGUGACCAACCUCACUACGGGCGAGAUCGUGCCCCCCGUCCUCUCUGGCCGCAUCAACACCAAGAAAGGCGCAACCAUCAGAUACGGCCGCGUAGAGGUGACGGCCAAGAUGCCCUCGGGUGACUGGCUCUGGCCCGCCAUCUGGAUGCUGCCCGUAAACGAGACGUACGGGCCGUGGCCUCUGUCGGGAGAGAUUGACAUUGCCGAGUCCCGCGGGAACAACCACACUUACGAGCAAGGUGGGAACAACAUCGUCUCCUCUGCUCUGCACUGGGGCCCCGACUCAGCGAACGAUGCCUGGUGGCGCACCAACGUCAAGAGGAGCGCUCUCCACACCACCUACGCGAAGACCACGCACACCUUCGGCAUGGAGUGGUCCGAGAAAUACCUCUUCACCUACAUCAACACGCGCCUCCUGCAGGUCCUCUACACCAACUUCAACAAGCCUCUCUGGGAGCGGGGUAGCUUCCCUCUGUCCGAUUCGAACGGCACGCGGCUCGUGGACGUCUGGUCCCAGACCGGUCGCGAUCAGACACCUUUCGAUCAGGAUUUCUACCUGAUCUUGAACGUGGCCGUUGGUGGCACCAAUGGGUGGUUCGAGGACGGCAAGAGUGAGAAGCCGUGGCUCGACACCAGCACCACGGCCGCGAGGGACUUUUGGAGCCAGCGCGAUCAGUGGCUCCCGACGUGGCAGGAGAAGGGGGCUGGACAGAUGGAGGUCAGUAAAGUGCAGAUGUGGCAGCAGUGCUAG